AUGGUGAAAGAAGCACUGCCAAUGAGUUAUUUGGAGCCUAUUGAAGCAUGCAUCACACAAAGCAUAAGGAAAGAAGAAGUGGACAUCUUAGAGGUUGUGAUCUCUCCUUUACUUUUUGAGCUUGUUUGCAGCAUGGAUAGCUACAUAGAAGUUGGAAAGAGGUAUGCAAACCAAUUUGAAUCAUUACCCCCACCUACUAAUAAGGUUUUACCUUCUAUUUUGCAAGCACCAGAGUUGGAAUUAAAGCAAUUGCCAAAACACCUUAAAUAUUCUUAUUUAGGUAAAAAUGAGACUCUACUUGUUAUCAUUGCCUCACACCUCAAACCAAAUGAUGAGAAGAAGCUUUUGAGAGUUCUAAGAGAGCACAAAACUGCAAUUGGGUGGAGCAUUGCAGAUAUCAAAGGCAUAAGUCCAACACUAUGCAUGCACAAGAUAUUAUUGGAAGACAAAGCAAUGCCUAAUAGGGAUGCCCAAAGACGUCUCAAUCCAAAUAUGAAGGAGGUGGUAAGGAAAGAGGUAAUUAAGCUUUUAGAUAUUGGUAUUAUUUACCCUAUAUCUGAUAGUAAAUGGGUGAGCCCAGUGCAAGUUUUCCCCAAGAAAUCAGGUAUCACAGUGGUGAAUAAUGAAGCAAACGAGCUUGUACCUACAUGGGUGACCACGGGCUGGAGAGUUUGCAUUGAUUAUAGGAAGCUCAACACAGCAACAAGCAAGGAUCACUUCCCUCUUCCAUUCAUUGAUCAGAUGCUUGAGAGAUUGGUUGGCCAUAACCACUAUUGCUUUCUUGAAGGAUAUUCAGGGUACAACCAAAUCGCCAUAGCCCCAGAGGAUCAAGAGAAGACGACCUUCACAUGUCCCUUUGGCACUUUCGCUUAUAGGAGGAUGUCUUUUGGUCUCUGUAAUGCCCCAGCCACUUUUCAAAGGUGCAUGAUGAGCAUUUUCUCCGACAUGGUAGAAAGGUUCAUUGAGACUAACCUUGUUUUUAAUUGGGAAAAAUGUCAUUUUAUGGUUAACCAAGGCAUAGUUCUUGGUCAUGUCAUCUCUAGUAAAGGGACCGAGGUUUCUAUAGGCGUUUCAUUAAGGAAUUUUCUAAGAUUGCGAGGCCUUUGUGCAAUCUUCUUGCCAAAGACAUGGAUUUUUUUCUUUGAUCAAAACUGUGAGAAUGCUUUUAAUGCUUUGAAGAAGAUGCUCACAACUGCCCCAAUCAUUAUACCACAUGAUUGGAGCUUGCCUUUUGAAUUGAUGUGUGACGCCUCAGAUUAUGAUGUUGGAGCCGUUUUGGGACAGCGAAUUGAUAAGAAGCCACAUGCCAUCUACUAUGCUAGUAGAACCCUCAAUAAUGCCCAACUCAACUAUUCCACCACAGAGAAGGAGCUGUUAGCUGUCAUAUUUGCUUUGGAAAAGUUCAAAUCAUAUUUGAUUACUAACGAGGUUAUUGUUUACACUGAUCAUGCAGCAUUAAAAUACUUGUUAGCCAAGAAGGAUGCCAAGCCACGACUCAUUAGAUGGAUUCUCUUAUUGCAAGAGUUUGACCUGGAGAUAAAAGAUAACGAAGAGGAGGAUUCAUUGCCAUUACAUGAAAGCUUCCCUGAUGAGCAACUCUUUUCCAUUUGUGCUUUAAAUUCUCUCAAUCCAUUGCCUUGGUUUGCUAAUAUUGUUAACUAUUUGUGCACUAAUGAACUCCCUACAGGGUUAUCUACGUUCCAACGUGACAAGCUUAGGAAGCAAGCAAUAUACUACUUUUGGGAUGAUCCAUAUCUAUUCAAGCAUUGCCCAGACCAAGUAAUUCGAAGGUGUGUGCCUGAAGGUGAUUUUAAGAGUAUUCUAGAGUUUUGUCACUCCCACGCAUGUGGAGGCCAUUUUGGAGCAAAGAAGACUGCCAACAAAGUGCUACAAAUCAGAUUUGGCACAUCUAGAGCAAUCAUUAGUGAUGGUGGCUCCCACUUUGUUAACCAAGCUUUUGCAGCACUCUUGAAGAAAUAUGGAAUCACGCAUAAGGUGGCAACACCCUAUCAUCCUCAAACUAGUGGGCAGGUUGAGAUAAGCAAUAGGGAGAUUAAGCACAUACUUGAAAAGACAGUGAACAUCACAAGGAAGGAUUGGUCGAUGCAUUUGGAUGAUGCAUUGUGGGCUUAUAGGACUGCUUAUAAGACCCCUAUAGGUAUGUCUCCGUAUAGGCUUGUUUUUGGUAAACCUUGUCACUUACCAGUGGAGCUUGAGCAUAGGGCUUAUUGGGCAAUCAAGGCCUUCAAUUUUGAUAUGAAAGCUGCUGGUGAGAAGAGGAGGCUUCAACUCAAUGAAUUGGAGGAGUUGCGACAUGAAGCGUAUGAGAACGCUAAGCUUUACAAGGAGAAAACAAAGCAAUAUCAUGACAAGAAAAUUUUUAGGAAGACGUUUGAGAAAGAGCAGAAGGUUCUACUAUUUAAUUCACGCCUUAAGCUCUUCCCAGGUAAGCUUCGUUCUCGAUGCAUUGGCCCUUUUGUUAUUACUAAUGUGUUUGAUCAUGGCGUAGUGGAGAUUCAAAAUAUUAAGGAUGGCAGCACCUUCAAGGUGAAAGGACAUCGGUUGAAACCUUACUUUGAUGCCAACUUUGAUGCCAAUAUUGAGUCUCAAGCACCCAAGGAGCCUCCACCACUCUCUUGA